AUGAAUUUUUUAAAACUUGUCAACGUUUUCCUUGAGCCUCCGGAUGAAUUCAACAACACCACCCACCACCAAUCUGAAGAACCCCAACGAUCUCUCUGUCGGUAUAAACUACCGAGACAGGCUAUCUGUCAAGGGUUCAAUGUUAGAUUUGAUUCAGGGAUGUGCGAGUUGUAUCGUUACCAAUCGGUUUAUUUUACACCUUUACCUAAAAACAAGUCAACACCAACUUUCACUUUUCUGGUUCAAAUAAAACUCAAGCCAGACUCAACUGCCUUCAACAAAUCUCGGUCUCAGUUCAAAGUCGGUUUUUCGGUUCCAAAUAUGUCGAUAUCAUCGAGCAGCACGUCGGAUAAUAACGAUUCCGGAGUUAAGGAUAAAAUGAGUGGCGGAUCUUGCGGUACUACAUCUUGGGAUGCCUAUUGGAUAGGUAAUGAGUUAUUGUACCAGCUGACGAACAAAUAUACAUGCAGCCUCCAUGUUUAUCUCUCCGUCAACGAUUCCGGAAGAGCCAAACUUUACUACUCAUAUUACGACCGUCUGGUUGUUGGUGGGGAGAAUGUUAACUACAAGUUGAUCACUUUGAAUUACUUCGGUGGAAACAUGAGCACAGCUGACGGUUUCUCUUCCAGGGAGGGGAGGCACUUCUCGACGUAUGACGAUGACAAUGAUCCAGAUUCCAAUGUUAACUGUGCUCUCGUCUGCGCAGCAGGAUGGUGGUAUAGUGGAUCACUAACAGGUUAUGGGUCGUGCGGUUUCACAAAUUUCAACACCCACUAUCCCAACUUUCUGACGUACUCUUAUGGUGAAUUCUUCCAGCUGUUCAGCUCCCAAAUGUGGAUGCAAUGCUUCUAA